AUGUUCGAGUCUCAUCAUCAUAUCUUCGAUAUGACACCGAAAACCUCCGAUAACGAUUUGGGACUCACCGGGAGCCGAGAAGACGAUUUCGAGACUAAGUCAGGCGCAGAAGUCACCAUGGACAAUCCUCUAGAAGAAGAGCUUCAAGAUCCUAAUCAACGUCCUAACAAAAAGAAGCGUUACCACCGUCACACGCAAAGACAGAUUCAAGAGCUUGAGUCGUUCUUUAAGGAAUGCCCUCAUCCAGACGAUAAGCAAAGAAAAGAGCUGAGCCGCGAGCUAUGUUUAGAACCUCUUCAAGUCAAGUUUUGGUUCCAAAACAAACGCACUCAAAUGAAGGCACAACAUGAGAGGCACGAGAACGCGAUGCUGAAGUCAGACAACGACAAGCUCAGAGCAGAGAACAAUAGGUACAAGGAUGCUCUAGGCAACGCAACAUGCCCAAACUGUGGUGGUCCUGCUGCUAUAGGAGAAAUGUCAUUUGACGAACAGCAUUUGAGGAUCGAAAACGCUCGUCUACGUGAAGAAAUCGAUAGAAUCUCUGGAAUAGCUGCUAAAUACGUAGGGAAGCCAUUGUUGACUAACUCCUCGACUUUCUCUCAGCUCACUUCUUCUCACCAUCUUCCCUCACGCUCGCUUGAUCUUGAAGUUGGGAACUUUGGGAACAACAACAGUAGCCAGCCGGGUUUCGUAGGGGAAAUGUAUAACACAAGCGACAUCUUGAGGUCGGUAUCGAUCCCUUCUGAGGCUGAUAAGCCUAUGGUUGUCGAGUUAGCUGUUGCAGCCAUGGAGGAGCUUGUGAGGAUGGCUCAAACUGGUGAUCCCUUGUGGGUUUCAAGCGAUAACUCGGUUGAGAUACUCAAAGAAGAAGAGUAUUUCAGAACGUUCCCUAGAGGAAUUGGACCGAAACCUAUCGGUUUGAGAUCAGAAGCUUCAAGAGACUCCACGGUCGUCAUAAUGAAUCACAUCAAUCUCGUUGAGAUUCUUAUGGAUGUGAAUCAAUGGUCUAGUGUGUUCUGCGGGAUUGUGUCAAGAGCAUUGACGCUUGAAGUUCUCUCAACAGGCGUUGCAGGAAACUACAACGGGGCACUACAAGUGAUGACAGCAGAGUUCCAAGUACCGUCACCGCUCGUCCCGACACGUGAGAAUUACUUUGUAAGGUACUGUAAGCAGCAUAGCGACGGUAUUUGGGCGGUUGUUGAUGUCUCUUUGGACAGCCUAAGACCAAGUCCUAUCACUAGAAGCAGAAGAAGACCCUCUGGUUGUCUGAUUCAAGAAUUGCAAAAUGGUUACUCCAAGGUGACAUGGGUAGAGCACACGGAGGUGGAUGAUGGAUCGGUUCACACAAUGUAUAAACCGUUGGUUAAUACCGGUUUAGCUUUCGGUGCGAAACGUUGGGUGGCUACACUCGACCGCCAAUGCGAGCGGCUCGCCAGUUCCAUGGCCAACAACAUUCCAGCCGGUAAUCUCUCCGUGAUAACGAGUCCUGAAGGGAGGAAGAGCAUGCUGAAACUGGCGGAGAGGAUGGUGAUGAGCUUCUGCAGCGGAGUCGGCGCGUCGAAUGCACACGCCUGGACGACAUUGUCCACCACAGGAUCCGACGACGUCCGUGUCAUGACCCGUAAGAGCAUGGAUGAUCCGGGAAGGCCUCCCGGAAUCGUCUUGAGCGCCGCUACUUCUUUCUGGAUCCCUGUGGCUCCCAAACGAGUCUUCGAUUUCCUCAGAGACGAAAACUCCAGAAGCGAGUGGGACAUACUUUCGAACGGAGGUUUGGUUCAAGAAAUGGCUCAUAUCGCAAAUGGUCGUGAUCCUGGAAACUCUGUCUCCUUGCUCCGAGUUAAUAGCGGAAACUCAGGGCAGAGCAAUAAUAUGUUGAUCUUGCAAGAAAGCUGUACGGACGCGUCAGGAUCGUAUGUGAUAUACGCACCGGUUGAUAUAAUGGCUAUGAACGUUGUUUUAAGCGGCGGCGAUCCAGAUUACGUGGCUUUGUUACCAUCCGGGUUUGCUAUAUUGCCUGACGGCUAUGGCAGAGAAGGAGUAGGAAGUUCCGGUGGUGCCGGUGGUGGAGCUGAAGGAGGAGGAGAGGGAAGUAAUAUCGAAGUGGUGAAUAAAGGGAGUGGUUGCGGUUCACUACUCACGGUAGCGUUUCAGAUACUUGUUGACUCUGUUCCAACCGCUAAACUCUCUCUCGGGUCAGUGGCUACAGUCAACAGUCUGAUCAAAUGCACAGUGGGGCGGAUCAAAACCGCUGUGGCCGGCGACGGAGGAGCUUGA